CACAGUACAUAUAUAUAUAUAGUGUAUUUGAGUUUAGAAAUUGAAUACAUGCUGACACUCACAUGAUUUUAAAGGGCAUUUAGUAGGCAUGUGAAUUUUGAUUCCUCCCAAGCCUCACAGGUAUGCGCAGGUCACACAAGAGCGAGAAUCAAGUCCAAUCGAUCUGCUUGGAAACAUUCAGAAGUUGGUAGAGUCGCUUCAAGAACACGGAGAGAAAGUCAUGGUCAUGGUCUUGCUGCACACAUGUGCACACAAUUUCCACCAGUGAGGCAUGGGGAUAAGGCCAGCAAACAAGGCGAGUUUGUGGACUCUUGAUCUGUGGUCAGGGUGACCCGACAAAUGUCACGAAAGGUAGCUUGACCUGCCUGAGUUCUCCUUGCGUUAGCAAAAAUGUAUUACAAUCUGGAGUUGGGAUCAUGCAUUGAAUUUGGUCCCGUAAGAAGGGAUUCUGUUCGACGGGGGGGGGCCGUGGCCCCUCCCCCCUGCGCCGUCGCUGUUUGGGUCACAUCCAUCCACCUUUGACGCUGUCAUGAACUUCUACCAGGGUUACUUGUGAUUGCCUGCUACCUUUCGUUCACCCCCUCCUCUCUCAAGUGAAUUCAGCCUAGCUCAGAAAAGUUGUCGAAAGACUCGUGCUGUAGUACUAGCAGAUCUACGAGUAGUUCUAAGAUCGACUACAGUAAUAGUAAUAGGUCGGCUGCUACAUCCCCAACUCAUUUGUUUGACAGGAGGCUUUCAAGAAGGCAGCAGAACAGGCUUCAGAGAUUGGAGAGGUUGUGCAAGGCAUGGAAGAAGCAGUGGAAGAAGCCAAGGCGAAGCAUGAAGGAAGAGCUGGACUUAUGAAAGAGCUGCUGCACAGCCUUUCAAACAUGCCAGGUACAGGGAAGGUUAUGAAGGAAGAUGUUACGCAGAUCAUGUCCAAUGGUGAGAGAUGUGUCACUGAGCUGGUGAGAGCAGCAAACGGCACUGUCCUGAAGGAGACCACUUGGCUGGUAGAUGAAGAUGGGACAAAGCAGAAAGAAGCGACGCCUGGUCACUGCAAGAAACGACGAAGACUACAGGCCGUCCGUGCUGAUGCUGAAGCUAGAGCACAAUUACAGAGUCGACGUCUUCAGGGAGAUGAAGACCUUUGGGUACUUGGAGACGUCUUCCUCAGAAGGCACCUCGUGGCCUUUGACUUUGAGAAUUCCAGGUUGGGCUUCGCAGUUGAAGAGGCAUCACCAGAAGAUCUGGCAAACCGUGAAGCAGAGAUGGCCCAGGAGGAUGCAGAGGGAGGCUCAAUCGAGGCUUUGGAAGGAGAAAAUGGAGUCGAACAGUUCAAUGAGGAUGGUGCUGGCCAAGUUCCACCCAAUGAGGUGUGGCAAGGAGGUGCGAUGGGCCAAGGUGCUGCAGAUCACCCACCAGAGGUGGUCUACGAUGAGGAAUUUGGCUCGGAGUCUAGUGUUGGGAUGAAGACAGUGCUGGUUGCCACAGCCCUUGUCAUGGGUGUUGGUGCUUUUUGCGGUCUAUUUGGCAGCACCAGGGGCGGCCUGGAGGAGACCAGGCAACCAGCCUUCAACUACCCAGAAGAAGAGGAAGGUACAGCCUGCAUGUCAGAUCCUGAUGCUGAAGCAAGGCGGCAAACUAAUGAAGCAGCUGAAUGAGGUGUGAAGAGCCAGGCUCAGCGCACGGCACGUGCGAGGCCAUAUUUGGAGCGUACCGUGGCACUCAGUCAAAUAUUUCGCCAAAGUUGCGGAGCUAGCUGAGCUGAGAUAGGUUGCACAAGGUUGCAGCACACAGUGAGCCGUCUUGGAAGAAUAACC